UUGACAUAUUUCUUUGUCGAAUUUGAAUAUUUCUUAUUGGACUAACUACAUUUUUUAUUGGGCUAACUUGUGGUGUAUUCUGAAUAUUAUUUUGCUCCGAAUUUCUCACCCAAGUGUUUACAGACUGUUGUGCUUCGCCUUGAUUUGCACUUAUCGGACUUAACGUUCUUAUCUGAUUAAUAUGUCUAGUGACUAUAGCCCUUAAUCUUUCAGACUGAAUCUUAAUUACAACUCCCUUUUGUGCUACUAUAUUUCCGACUAACCAUUCUUUGUUUUUAUUUCUGCUAUAAUUUGUAAACUGAACUUUAUCUCCUAUUUUGAAUUCUCUGACUCUGGCUCCGUGAUGUUUAUCAAACCAUGUCUUCAUUUUACUUCGAAUUCGCUCCCUUGCAGGAUCUUUUGAAUUUGGCCUUUCUGGAUAGACUAAUGCCAAUUUUGUCCUCAACUUUCUACCUAAGAAUUCUUCUGCAGGGGAUUUGCCCAUUAAUGACUCAUGAGGCGAGGCUCUAUAAUUGAAUAACACUUCUUCAACCCAGUUGG